CGGCGAACAAAGAUGGCGGCGGACACCAGCACGGAGUUGCUGUUUCUAGACACGUUCAAGCAUCAGACUGCGGAGCAAAGUACCAAUAUAGAUGUCAUUCGUUUUCCAUGUGUUGUUUACAUAAAUGAAGUACGUGUCAUUCCUCCGGGAGUAAGAGCUCACACCAGUUUGCCUGACAACAGGGCCUAUGGGGAGACAUCUCCACAUACAUUUCAGUUAGACCUUUUUUUCAACAAUGUCAGCAAGCCAAGUGCUCCUGUUUUUGACAGGCUGGGAAGCCUUGAAUACGAUGAGAACACUUCAAUUAUUUUUAGACCCAAUGCAAAGGUCAACACAGAUGGAUUGGUUCUGAGAGGCUGGUACAACUGCCUGACCCUGGCAAUAUAUGGCUCUGUUGAUAGAGUAAUAAGUCAUGACAGAGAAUCACCACCUCCGCCACCUCCCCCGCCACCUCCUCCCCAACAACAGCCUGGCUUGAAAAGAAACCCAAAACAUGUUGAUGGGGAGAAAGAAGAUCAGUUUAAUGGCAGCCCUCCAAGACCACAGCCGAGGGGCCCAAGGACUCCUCCAGGCCCUCCACCUCCUGAUGAUGAUGAAGAUGAACCCAUGCCUGUAUCAGUGGUUGGGGAAAAGGAAGAUGAUGUUGAUCACAGGGAGGAUUACUUUGAGCCCAUUUCUCCUGAUCGAACAUCCAUUCACCAAGAAAGCCAGUACUCUGAUGAAGGAGAAGUAGAGGAGGACCAGCCAGAAGAUGGGGAGGAUGAGGAGGAAGAUGUGGAUGUUGAGGAGGAUGAGGAUGAGGAAGAGGAUGAUGGGCAUACAGUAGAGAGUAUUCCUGAGGAGGAGGAAGAUGAGGAAGAGGAAGAUGAGGAAGAAGAAGGGGAAGAAGAGGAGGAAGGUGAAGGAGAUGAUGGCUAUGAGCAGAUUUCAAGUGAUGAAGAUGGAAUUGCUGAUCUGGAACGUGAAACAUUUAAGUAUCCAAGCUUUGAUAUUGAAUAUACUCCUGAGGAUCUGGCUUCAGUGCCACCUGUGACAUACGAGCCUUAUGAAAGAGAGCUUGGACCUCUGUUGUACUUCAGCUGCCCAUACAAGACUGUAUUUGAGACUGAAGUUGGUAAGAUAAGGGACCAAGAUCCAGAAAAGGAAAAUUCAGGGGCAGUCGAAGCCUCAGUUAAAUUAAUUGAACUCUUGGAUUUAUAUCAGGAGGACAGGGGUGCAAAAUGGGUCACGGCUCUAGAAGAAAUUCCAAGUUUAAUAGUGAAGGGCCUAAGCUACCUGCAAGUGAAGGACACAAAACAGGACUAUGUUACCCAACUAGUAGACUGGACCAUGCAAGCUUUAAACCUGCAGGUAGCUCUCAGGCAACCCAUCGCUUUGAACGUUCGACAGCUAAAAGCUGGAACAAAGCUGGUGUCAUCAUUAGCAGAAUGUGAGACUCAAGGAAUAAUGGGACUCUUGCAGGCAGGAGUUAUUAAUGCGCUAUUUGAAUUGUUGUUUGCAGAUCAUGUAUCAUCCUCCCUUAAACUUAAUGCUUUCAAAGCUUUGGAUAGCGUUAUCAGUAUGACUGAAGGAAUGGAUAUGUUCUUGAAAGGUAGGCUAGAGGCACAUGAAAAAAGUGGCUAUCAGAAACUCUUGGAACUCAUACUAUUAGAUCAGACGGUGAGAGUCCUCACUGCAGGUUCAGCAAUUCUGCAGAAGUGCCACUUUUAUGAGAUUCUGUCAGACAUUAAAAAGCUUGUUGACCAGUUAGCAGAGAGUACUCCUCCCCUUCCUAAUCAUACUGAGUCAGAGCAGGAUACAGACCUUGGACUUGAGAGAACCAACCAAGAAUAUGAAAAUGAUGUGGAGGCUCCUAUGGAUAUGGACCAUCUUCUGGAAUCUUCAAAUAUUAGUGAAGGAGAGGUGGAAAAACUUAUUAGCCUCCUGGAAGAAAUCUUUCAUUUGAUGGAGACUUCACCUCAUACAAUGAUUCAGCCACCUGUAAAAUCCUUCCCGACAACAGCACGCAUUACAGGACCCCCUGAAAGGGAUGAUCCUUACCCUGUCUUGUUCAGAUAUCUUCACAGUCACCAUUUCUUGGAAUGUAUUACCUUGCUACUAUCCAUUCCAGUCACAAGUGCUCAUCCUGGUGUACUUCAGGCUGUCAGAGAUGUAUUGAAGUUUCUGGCACAAUCGCAGAAGGGUCUCCUCUUUUUCCUAUCUGAGUAUGAAGCAACAAACCUGUUGAUAAGAGGACUUUGUCAGUUUUCCGAUCCAGAUCAAGAAGAAGGUCUCCAGUCAGAUAGUGCUAAUGAGGAUACAUUUGCCUUGUGGCUCUUGCAUUCAACACAGACGUUGCAGUGUAUCUCGGAAUUGUUUUGCCACUUCCAGCGGUGCACAGCCAGUGAGGAAACAGACCAUUCGGACCUCUUGGGAACACUUCAUAAUCUUUACCUGAUUACUUUUAAUCCUGUGGGAAGAUCUGCUGUGGCUCAUGUAUUCAGCCUUGAGAAGAACCUCCAAAGUCUUAUUACUUUAAUGGAAUACUAUUCCAAGGAAGCUUUAGGUGACUCCAAGUCUAAGAAGUCAGUUGCUUAUAAUUAUGCCUGCAUACUUGUUUUGCUGGUGGUUCAGUCCUCCAGUGAUGUUCAAAUGCUGGAACAGCACUCGGCACCUCUGUUGAAGCUUUGUAAGGCUGAUGAAAAUAACACCAAAUUGCAAGAACUUAGUAAAUGGCUUGAACCUUUGAAAAAUCUUAGAUUUGAAAUCAAUUGUAUUCCAAACCUCAUUGAAUAUAUUAAACAGAAUAUCGAUAGUCUGAUGACCCCAGAAGGAGUUGGUCUUCCUACUGCCCUCCGGGUUCUUUGUCAUGUUGCAUGCCCACCACCUCCUGUUGAAGGUCAACAGAAGGAUCUAAAAUGGAACCUUGCAGUUAUUCAGCUUUUUUCUGCUGAAGGAAUGGACACCUUCAUUCGUGUUUUGCAGAAAUUGAAUAGUAUUCUUAUCCAACCUUGGAGACUCCAUGUCAAUAUGGGAACCACAGUUCACAGAGUUACUACCAUUUCCAUGGCCCGAUGUACACUUACUCUCCUUAAAACAAUGUUAACUGAACUCCUGAGAGGGGGCUCUUUUGAGUUUAAAGACAUGCGUGUUCCUUCAGCUCUUGUUUCUUUACAUAUGCUGCUGUGUUCCAUCCCUCUCUCAGGCCGCUUAGAUAAUGAUGAACAAAAAAUUCAGAACGAUAUUAUUGAUAUUUUGCUGACCUUUACCCAGGGAGUUAAUGAAAAACUUACAAUUUCAGAAGAAACUUUGGCCAAUAAUACUUGGUCUUUAAUGCUAAAAGAGGUUCUCUCUUCAAUUUUGAGAAUUCCUGAAGGAUUUUUCUCUGGACUUAUACUUCUUUCAGAAUUGCUGCCUCUUCCACUGCCGAUGCAAACAACUCAGGUAAUUGAACCCCAUGACAUAUCAGUGGCACUCAACACCAGAAAACUGUGGAGUAUGCAUCUUCAUGUUCAAGCCAAACUGCUACAAGAAAUAGUUCGUUCUUUCUCUGGCUCAUCUUGCCAGCCAAUUCAGCAUAUGCUGAGGCGUAUCUGUGUUCAGUUGUGUGACUUGGCUGCACCAACUGCCCUUCUUAUCAUGAGGACAGUCUUGGAUCUGAUUGUGGAAGAUCAGCAAAGCAGCACAGAAGAUAAAGAGAAACAGUACACUGGCCAGACUGCCCGAUUACUUGCUUUACUUGAUGCCCUGGCUUCACACAAAGCUUGUAAAUUAGCCAUUUUGCAUCUAAUUAGUGGAACAGCUAAAGGUGAUGAAAAGUAUGUGGAAGUUUUCCAGGAUCUCUUGGCUUUAAUGCGAUCUGCUGGGGACAAUGUUAUUCAUCAGCAGUGCACUGAAUAUGUAACUUCCAUUUUACAGUCCCUCUGUGAUCAGGACAUUGCGCUGAUUUUACCAAGCUCAUCAGAGGGAUCUGUUUCUGAACUAGAACAGCUCUCCAAUUCCUUACCAAGCAAGGAACUGAUGUCUUCAAUUUGUGACUGUCUGAUGGAAACCUUAGCUAAUUCUGAGAGCAGUUAUAAUUGUUUGCUGACAUGUAUCAGGACAAUGAUGUUUCUUACAGAACAUGAUUAUGGAUUCUGUCACUUAAAGAGCUCUCUAAGAAAACACAAUGGUGCACUGUACACUGUAUUGAAGCGAGUAGUAAGCAGCUUUAGUAAGGACACAGGAGAACUGGCAUCCUCGUUUUUGGAUUUUAUGAGACAGAUUCUAAACUCUGACACCCUGGGCUGUUGUGGAGAUGAUGGAAGUCUUAUGGAGGUAGAUGGAUCUCAUCCAGCAAGGACAUUGGGUCUGACUACUGCAGAAUUAAAACAUCUGUUACAGAAUAAAGAGGAAAGCCCUGAAAAUUUUCUGCUUGAACUGGAGAAACAUGUUUUGGAACGUUCUAAAGAAGAUGAUGGCCUUGAAUCCUUAUUGGACAAUGUCGCUGGACUUCGGCAGAUGUUGGAAUCAGCAGGCGAUCCUUGUCCGCUGAGUGACCAAGAUGUGGAACCAGUUCUUUCUGCACCAGACUCUCUCCAGAAUCUGUUUAACAAUAGGACUACAUAUGUGUUGGCAGAUGUGAUGGAUGACCAGCUGAAGUCUCUGUGGUUCUCACCAUUCCAGGCUGAAGAAAUUGACACAGAGCUUGAUAUGGUAAAGGUUGACUUAAUUGAACUGUCAGAGAAAGGCUGCAGUGACUUUGAUUUACAAGCAGAAUUGGAGAGAUCAUUUUUGUCAGAACCCUCAUCUCCUGGUAGGACAAAAACUACAAAAGGAUUCAAACUUGGAAAACACAAGCAUGAGACCUUCAUAACUUCAAGUGGCAAAUCAGAAUACAUAGAGCCUGCAAAGAGAGCACAUGUUGUGCCUCCUCCUCGAGGAAGAGGUAGGGGAGGAUUUGGACAGGGUAUUCGACCGCACGACAUUUUUCGUCAGAGAAAACAGAAUACAAGCAGACCUCCUUCUAUGCACGUGGAUGAUUUUGUUGCUGCAGAGAGCAAAGAAGUGGUUGCUCCAGAUGGGAUACCACCACCAAAAAGGCCACCAAAAGUAUCGCAGAAAAUUUCUUCACGUGGGGGAUUCUCAGGGAAUCGUGGAGGACGCGGAGCAUUUCACAGUCAGAACAGGUUCUUUACUCCACCUGCUUCCAAAGCCACUUUGUGUCUCUUGCAUUUAGGAAAUUAUAGUCGUCGUGAAGGAGCCAGAGGGUCAAGUUGGAGUGCACAGAGUACACCGCGAGGCACUUAUAAUGAAAGUAGAGGGGGUCAGAGCAAUUUUAACAGGGGCCCACUGCCACCAUUGAGGCCGUUGAGUUCUGCAGGCUAUCGACCCAGUCCCCGUGAUCGUGCUUCUAGAGGUCGUGGUGGAAUUGGGCCAUCUUGGACGAGUGCUAAUAGUAGCAGCAGUGGUGGCUCAAGAGGAAAGUUUGUUAGUGGAGGCAGCGGAAGGGGUCGUCAUGUCCGUUCCUUCACACGAUAAAAGUGAGACCUGGAACAUCCCAGCAGUGUGAAUUUCUUAAGCAGAUGAUAAAGAAAAGCUGAGGCACUAAAGGACCAAUUUAGAGUAACUGGUAUCAGGAGACAGCAAGGAAAUAUUUUUGUUGGAAGAAAGCAGUUUUUGUUUGAUACAAGACUUGAAAUUUCAAUAAAAUUCAAGACUUUUUGUGUACAGUUGUAUAUUUUUGUUCCUUUUGAAAGAACAUUUUAAUUUUUUGUGGACUUCUAUAUACAUUACUCAGUAAGGAACCUAUUUGAAUUAAGACUUGAAGGAUUUCUUUCUAUAAUAUUCACUGUGCCAAAAGAAAGGUACAGGGUGUGUGUGCGUGUGUGUGUGUAUGUAUGUAAGCUUUGUGGGUAUUUUUUUGCAGUAGUAUGUAAGGCAGUUUGAUUUUUCUCCCCUCAGGUUUAGACCUAUAGGCUCGUAUUUCUAUUGGUCAGUCAUUAAAUGAAUAAAGUACAUACCAAUAUUUUAAUGAAUAGGAGGAAAUUAUAGCAAAUGACUGCUUUUGAUGUGUGAAGGAACAGAAAACUUACAAAUGUAAUUUAAAAGCUAUUUAAGUAUAAGAAUUUUAGAUUCUUAAACAUAUCUCUAAACCUUUGAAAGUAUUGGCAAAACUUGCAUUGAUACCUGUGAGAGUAAGAGACUGCCUAAAGAGGAACUCUCCUUAGGGAAGUCAUGACUGUAAGUCUCUAUGUUAAGAAUUUGCUCAUCAUUCCAUCUGGAAAGUGUGCGACUUGUAGAAGAGGUCAUAAAAGAAAGUAUCCAUAGCAUUUUGGGGGUGGAAAGAGUUAAUGGCUUGCUUGCUGGCUCUUAUAUAACUGGGGGGGGAUGGUUUAAAAACAGGCUUCAAUAAAAAUGAAAAACACUGUAAUGAAUUAGCCAACUGAAAGCUGUUGAAUACAUCCCCUGGAUUAGCUUCCAUAAUUAUUUUUGACAUACAGUGCAAAUAAACUCCAAACCUAUGAAAACUAGGAACAAUAUAAAAAACCUUCAGUCACAUUUAUUUUCAUACUGAACUCCUCAAAGAAUUUGUUUUGUACUUUACAUUAAGUAUUUGCAUUUCCUUUUAAUCCAGUGGAUUUUGUCCUGUAAGGAAGAAUGCAGUUUUUCAGUAUAUCUGCUGCAUACUUACAGCAAGGCUAGGAGGUGAAUAGUUACAGCUCUAUAAAGGAAAGAUGUACAUUAAAUGUUCACCAAUGGUAGCUAGCUCUCUUAGUUUCAUAUUUCAUUUACACAUAGGUCUCUUUAGGUGGUAAAGGAUCUAAAUGUAAAUGAGGACAUGCCCAGCUAGUUUAUAUAGUUCCACUUUAAAGUGAUCCUGAUAUCCUUUGCUUAGCCAGCAUGACGUCAUAGACUUUAAAACUAUAUUUCAAAAUGUACCCUGGGCUAAGUAAACACCAUGCAUAAAAACCCCGUUUAGCUUUAUCCACUAACUAAAUUUGUAUUAACAGUUCUAGUGGAGAUGGUGGAGAAGGCAAAUGUAAAGGGGGCGUUAUUUGUGGAGAUACUAUGUAUGAACACCCCACAACAUUCCAUCAAAUCAGUUGUUUGCAAAAAGUUAAUUAACAUGACCUGUAAGAGAGGUAAGCUUGAUCUGUUAAUUAACUGGUCAUGGCUUAUACGGAAUAACUUAGGUUCCUGUAGAUAUUGGUUCAUAUGUAUUGAAUAUUUAUAAAGUAACAUCUUUCAGAAAAUUAUUGGAUAGGAGAAUCUAAAGCUACCUGAAUUGCAAAAAUAGACCUACAGAUACCCAAGUAAAUCAAGGAGGAUGGAAUUUUACACACAAUGUAAUUGUAAUAACUAAAACAGGUGAAAUUCUAGUAAGCAUUUACAGGUUUGUUGUUGCUAUUUUUUUAAAUGGAGGAGCAUUGCAUAAAUAUUUUGUAAAGUGUACUAAGGCUCUUCUCAACCAUGUGUUUUGAAAGAUUUUAUUACUAUAUUUUUAGAAACUACAAGGUGAAGCUGUGGCAGAGAUGAUGUUUGAUUUGUUUUUAGUGAGAGACUGAAAAGAAAAAUCUGCAAGUGUGGAACAGACUUGUAAAUAUUCAAUUUUGCUUUAUGAAAGUUUGAAAUACAGCAUGUCACACUUGGCACUUUCGAACUGGAAACAAUAAAAAGUUAUAGAUAAAGGUGAACAAAAUCUAAGUAAAUCAUUAGUCAGAUUUGAAAACUGAGCAGUUUGUCUACCAGUUUCUUUAUUAACAUGGUUCUGGAAUUGAGUCACACACAGUCCAUCCCUUUCUGACAAUGUCCCUGCAAAGGGAAACCACCCCAAAAGGCACAAUUCUGUGCUUAUACAGUACUGUAAUGAGCUCCAGGCACUAAAUGGGGGCAAUGGAAUGGAGGUUGAGGGGGGAGGGGUGGUCAAGCAGCUUGGAGCAGGAGGAAGUGGCAAGGAGCCAGCAGUCAGGGUGGAAGCAGUGCGGCUCAAAACUCUGGAGUUGGAGGAGGAGCAUCUAGGGGUGGGCAGCACUCUGCAGCCAGGAGGUUAAUCCUUUCACUGGAUGCUAGCAAAUUUGAGGUGUUAUAUUGUGGCUCAAUGUGGUUUUUGGUAGCACCUCUGAGAUCCUCCCCCCUCCUCCAUCAUGGACCCUGAUUGCUGGCUCUUUGUCACCUCUUGCUCUGUAUGGCUGGAGCCCCACUACCAGAUAUGCCUUUGCUGCCCAGGGUACCAAAAUGUUAGUUGCACCUCUUCUUAUUUAAGUCUAAAUCUUGUAAGAGGCACCUGUGCAACUGAUGCUGCUUUAUUGUAGUAUUUUUCCUAUUGGGUGUCCCUUUGAAGCUGCCACAGUUUUAAGGGGCUAUUUUGCAGCAACUUUUGAUAUCCAACUUUUUCCUGAUGGGAACUGAGUUGAGCUUAAAUAUUAACCACCAAAUUAUGUUAAAUCGGACAUUCUGGAGAAUAACCCUUGGAUAAGACCACAUUUUACUAGAUAAGUUGGAUCAGAGUGGCUUUUAGUGUACUGGUUCAUCUUACCUUUAAACCUGCAACAUAAAGGUUUGGUUUCUUUAUUCCUUUUCUUAUGUGUGUGUCCAGGUGCUGUUCACACAUUGAAAGGACAGGUAGGUCUGCUCUUCAUAACUAUUUGGUAAGCAAGAGGGUUGGGAUACUGCCGAGACACACCACAAUACUAGCAAGAACAAGAGAAAUUUUGCUGUGGGCAGGAUUGGGCAGAAAUUUCUGUCAACUGGGUGUCUUAACUGGUAUAUUUAUCUCCUUUGAUCAUAAAUGCUGCUUUGAUUCAAGUGGAGUCUUUGACAUCUGAGCUUUCUGAACCAGGAAAAAGCUAAAAGAUAGUUUGUUCAUUUGUGAUGCACUAGCAGGGUUGGCCUGUCUCUUUUCUUAGAGCUCCAGGUGUCUUGCCAACUAUAUCAGUGUGUAUGGGAUCCUGACCAACCCUGAAUUCACUGACAGAGAAAACAAUGUGCAACAGAUAUUCUUCUUUGUUCUAUGUUUUUGCCCUAAUUAAACUGCAGGUGGCCAGUAUAAAAGCCAGAAUGACCUUUGGGUGUAAUGUAAAUGGACAUUUGAGGAGAUGACUUCAGUUAUUUUCCUCCCUCACUCUGCAGAUGCUGUAGCUGUGUAUUUGGUCCUCUGAGUGAUAAAUGAAAUGGUAAACUAAGAUUGCUACAAGACCCAGCCAGAAUGUCUCAAAAAAAGCUGAACAGCUGAAUGUUGAUACCUAAGCAAAUGACCUAUGGCCAUAGGAAAGUCGUCUUCUUCGGACAAAGACUUGCUCAUUUAGUUAAUACAGAAUAGCGAUGUACCAUGAUGAAGGCACUUUAGUUAUUCUGCAGUUUGCAGUGAGAACUUUUCAAGCAAUGGCCAGCAAAUUCAUUAUUAGCUUUGUUUGUUUUGAAUCGCUUACUAUUGACUAAGGAGGAUUUGGCCCUCAGGUUAUUGCAUCCUGCAGCUUGCAACACUUUAAGAGCUCUGUUGUCCCUCCAGAGUGGAGGAGGCUGGCCACUAAAAGCAGCCGUAUACAAACAACUCCUCCCCACUCUGCGAGGAGGGAAGGUCAUAUCUUGAGCGGAAGACUACAUCAUAUAAGAGCUCUGUUACUUAAAUGUAUCCCAUUCAUAAGGCAGAGAAGGCCCUUGAACUCUGAUUCUUAUUUCAAAUCAACUCUUCCUGACCUAAAGAGUACUUUAGCUAUUGUUUUCCUGCAUAGUAGCUUGGAAAUAAUGAAAAAUGCACUUGAAUAUCUCUAGGCAAAGAAAGUACCAGAAUUUACAUAGUAGAAUAGUGAAGUGAAGCAAAAAGAACAAGUCGUCUUACAUAAACUACCUUUAUUAGUUCAAUUUGAUACAAGCCUUACGUUGGCUUCUUUUACAGAUGCUACCAUAUAAAAUUUAGUUCCCAAAUACAACUUCAUAAAUCCUAUUUUUCUGUUUUUUCAUAAAGAUGAUAAAUGUCAUUCUUUGAGUAGACUGGCACUGAACUGUAGUGCUGGAAGACGACUGAAAGUUGCACAGAAUUGCAGGUAUUUAUAAAGGCACCUGUUGACU